AAUUUCGUGGUGAGAGUGAGGUCAAUUCCAUCGAGUCAACUCUUUGUAACAUCCAAAUUUCCCUUUCACCUUCUUCUCCAAUUUCGUUUCUCACUUUCUUUUCCUUUCAAUCAAUUUCUCCUUCAUUUUCAUUUCGCUUUCGAUUUUGAUUUUGAUUUUCUCCAACAUUCAGAUACAGUUAUCGCCAUGGAUGAAACCUACGCUCCCUUCGACUCCGCCGAAUCUAACGGAGUAUCUCGCACCGCCGAUCACGGCUGGCAGAAGGUUACCUACGCUAAGAAACAUAAGAAGAAGGAAGCUAACGGCGUUGCCGGUUCUAACAAACUGACGUUCAACGGUAACGAUGCUGCCUUCCGGUCGCUCGAGCUGCACUCGGAGGAUCGGCGUCGGCGAAUUCUCGAGGCGCAGUCUGCGGCUGAUGCCGAUUUCGAUGACGCUCCGGUCAGAUCGAAGCAGAGGUCACGUCUCAAUGACGAUGAUUACGACGAGGAUGACGAGGAUGUGGAUCGCUUGGCGGAGAACGGGAAAGUGGAGGAGGCGAAGAAGGUGAAGAAGGAGAAGAAGCCGAAGAAGCCUAAGGUGACAGUGGCUGAGGCUGCGGCGAAGAUUGAUGCGGCUGAUCUGGAGUCUUUUCUCGUUGAUAUAUCGGCAUCCUUCGAGCAGAAGGAAGAUAUACAGAUGAUGCGGUUUGCGGAUUAUUUUGGACGUGCUUUUUCUUCCGUGAGCGCUUCUCAGUUUCCCUGGGUGAAAUUGUUCAGGGAGUCAGCUGUAGCUAAGAUUGUUGAUGUGCCACUUUCUCACAUAUCUGAAGCUGUAUACAAGACAUCAGCUGACUGGAUAAAUCAUCGAUCUCCUGAGGCACUCAGUUUCUUUCUUCUUUGGUCUCUGGAUAGUAUUCUUGCUGACUUGGGUAGCCAGCAAACAGUGACCAAGGGUUCCAAAAAGGCUGUGCAACAAGUAACUUCAAAAUCUCAGGUUGCAAUAUUUGUUGGUUUAGCAAUUGUAUUGCGCCGAAAGCCCGAUGCUCUUAUUGCUGUAUUGCCCACAUUGAGGGAGAAUACAAAAUAUCAAGGACAGGAUAAACUUCCAGUGAUUGUAUGGAUGGUUGCUCAGGCUUCAGUAGGAGAUCUCUCAGUAGGUUUGUAUGCUUGGUCGCGGAACCUCCUUCCUAUAGUUGUUAGCAAAAGUGGCAACCCGCAAUCCAGGGAUUUAGUUUUGCAGCUUGUGGAAAAAAUUUUGUCUGCCCCCAAAGCACGACCUGUUUUGGUUAAUGGUGCUGUAAGAAAAGGGGAGCGAUUAAUUCCUCCUCCAGCAUUUGAGACUUUGCUGCGUGUUACUUUCCCGUCUUCAGCUAGACUGAAGGCUACAGAAAGAUUUGAGGCCAUAUAUCCCACUCUGAGAGAGGUGGCACUUGGUGGUUCUACUGGAAGUAAAGCAAUGAAACAAGUCUCCCAGCAGAUAUUCAAUUUCGCUAUCAGAGCAGCAGGAGAAGACAAUCCCGAGUUAUCAAAAGAAGCAGCUGGUAUUUCAGUUUGGUGUUUUAGCCAAAGCACUGAAUGCUACAAGCAGUGGGAAAAAGUUUAUCUGGACAACAUUGUCGCAAGCGUUGCAGUUUUAAAGAAGCUUUCUGAUGAUUGGAAGGUGCAAGCUACAAAAUUGUCUCCUUAUGAGCCACUUAGGGAGAUCCUAAAGAAUUUUAGGCAGAAGAAUGAGAAUGCAUUGGCAUCUGAGACCGAUGCUGCUCGAUUCGUCAAGGAUGCAGAUAAAUAUUGUAAGAUACUCUCAGGAAGAGUUUCUCAAGGCCAUGGAGGCAAGGCUUGUUUGACCUUUGUUGUUCUUGCUUUGGCUGUCGGUGCUGCUGUUUUGUACCCCAACAUGGAAUCUGUGGAUUUCAAUAAACUCUCUGUACUUUUCAACUCCCAGUUCUGAGCACUAGGAGAAUAUUCUGCACUACUGGCAGUUGGUUGCAUCAAAUAGCGAUUUUCUCUUCAGCUCACAUCAUCCACAAUGAGUACAGCAAACAAUUGCUUCGUAAUAAAGUGCAUAAUGCCGGAGGUUGUACACUUAGCUCAAAACCUGUUCAGAUGUUACAGAAUAGUUGAGGUCAAUGCUACUUUGAGGUUUACUUUAGUUUGACCAUUUUAUAAUUUAUUGUGUUUUUGCUUGUUGAGUCUUAAAAUUUCAGUGUCUUAUGCCUUUUCAUCACAAUGCUGGCAAAAUGCCAAUGAGGCAACUACACCUGUAUUAUGAAGUUAAUUUAGUUGAAUCAGAGGAGUUUUGAUGGUA